ACCAUCUCUCCUUGACAAAUUAAAGAAAUAGCUCUCUCUCUAGAAAUAAAGAUUGUGUUAGUAAGUAAUGGCGGUUGAGUCGAUUUUGUCGUCUCCCUUGGGCCCUCCGGCAUGCGAAAAGGACGCAAAGGCCCUUCAGUUCAUCGAGGAGAUGACACGCAACGCCGACUCCGUUCAGGAGAAUGUGCUGGCGCAGAUCCUUGCCCGCAAUGCCGACACCGAGUAUCUGAAGAGCUUCAAUCUCGACGGAGCCACCGAUCGUCACACCUUCAAAUCCAAAAUCCCCAUGGUCACCUACGAAGAUCUCCACCCCCUGAUCCAGAGAAUCGCGGACGGCGAUCGCUCCCCCAUUCUAUCUUCUCACCCCGUCUCCGAAUUCCUCACCAGCUCUGGAACUUCAGCUGGUGAGCGAAAACUCAUGCCGACUAUCAAAGAGGAAUUGGACCGUCGCCAGCUUCUCUACAGCCUUCUCAUGCCCGUUAUGAACCUAUACGUGAGCGGACUAGACAAAGGCAAGGGGCUCUACUUCUUGUUCAUCAAGUCGGAGACAAAGACACCGAGCGGGCUGGUGGCCCGACCCGUCCUCACCAGCUACUACAAGAGCGACCACUUCAAAACCCGACCCCACGACCCCUACAACGUCUACACCAGCCCCAACGAGGCCAUCCUCUGCCCCGACUCCUUCCAAAGCAUGUACACCCAGAUGCUCUGCGGCCUCUACGACCGCCACCACGUCCUCCGCGUCGGCGCCGUCUUCGCCUCCGGCCUCCUCCGCGCCAUCCGCUUCCUCCAGCUCAACUGGAACCAGCUCGCCCAAGACAUCCGGGCCGGGUCACUCAACCCCAAGGUCACCGACCCGUCCAUCCGCCACUGCAUGACCCGGAUUCUCCGACCCGACCCGGAACUCGCCGAUUUCAUCGUCUCGGAGUGCUCCGAGGACAACUGGGAGCGGAUCAUCACGAGAAUCUGGCCCAACACAAAAUACCUGGAUGUGAUCGUGACCGGCGCCAUGGCGCAGUACAUUCCGACGCUGGAUUACUACAGCGGCGGGCUGCCGAAGGCGUGCACGAUGUACGCCUCGUCGGAGUGCUACUUCGGGCUGAACCUGAACCCGAUGUGCAACCCGUCGGAGGUAUCCUACACCAUCAUGCCAAACAUGGCCUACUUCGAGUUCCUGCCCCACGACAACAACAAAAGCAAAAACAACUCGGCGGCGCGGCUGGUGGACCUGGCUGACGUGGAGGUGGGGAGGGAGUACGAGCUGGUGAUCACGACGUACGCGGGGCUGUCGAGGUACCGCGUGGGCGACAUCCUGCGGGUGACGGGGUUCCACAACGCGGCGCCGCAGUUCCAGUUCGUGCGGAGGAAGAACGUGCUGCUGAGCAUCGACGCGGACAAGACGGACGAGGCGGAGCUGCAGGCCGCGGUGGAAAGGGCGUCGAGGCUGCUGAGCACGACGAGCGUGGUGGAGUACACGAGCUACGCAGACACGGCCACCAUCCCGGGGCACUACGUGGUGUAUUGGGAGCUGCUGGGUGGGGCCCCCGAAGGAGGCGUGCUGGAGAGGUGCUGUUUGGAGAUGGAGGAGGCGAUGAACUCGGUGUACCGCCAGUGCAGGGUGGCGGACGGGUCCAUCGGGCCGCUGGAGAUAAGAGUGGUGCGGAACGGCACGUUUGAGGAGCUCAUGGACUACGCAAUCUCGAGGGGCGCGUCGAUCAACCAGUACAAGGUGCCGAGGUGCGUGAGCUUCACGCCCAUCAUGGAGCUUCUCGACUCGCGAGUCGUCUCCACGCACUUCAGCCCUUCCCUGCCGCACUGGGGACCACACCGACGCCGGUAGGGCGGCCAUCACAAGUCAAUUAAUGCUCAUUUUUCUCUUUGGGGAUUUUUGUACUAAUUGUGAUUACGUUUGUAAAGUAGAAAGCGAUGGUAGGUUCAGUUAACAUGUGAAAGAGAUGUAAUCUGGGUUUCUUCAAUGCACUCAACUGUUUCUUCCGUCCAAGCAACGAUUAUGGUGACACCCAGAUACUCCUUUUUCAAAAGACGAAUAAUAAUGUUCUUCAUUUAUCUUA